GAAAUAUUAACUACACUUUGCACAAACAAUUUCUAAAAAGUAUUUCCAAAUUGCACCAAAAUUGUAUUCCAUUUAGCAGCAAGCCAUGUCUGGGGGUAUGCAAGGAAGCCCAAAGACGAGCCUCAAGGCGGCCAUUACCGCUGCCAUUGGCAAUGUGAGUGGAGGCGCCAGCAGCAGCGGCAUCGUUGAUGAACUGAAACAAGUGAUCGUCAACGAUAACUCCAGUGGCAGUGGCAGUGGCAGUGGCAGUGGCAGCGGCAGCGCAAUCCUGCAGCAGGAGAGCGCAGGCACAGACAGCAGCAGCAGCAGCAGCAGCAAUGGAAGCGGGAACAGAAACGUUCGGAGCGACGUCUCUGAGGGCAGACUCACCAUUUGCAAUGUUAUCUUUGGGGACGACAAUCGGACAGGCGGCCACAGCAACAACAACAGCAACAGCAAUGGCAACAGCAAUGGCAAUGGCAAUGGCAACUCCUUUAGUGGCAUUUUCUAUCGCAUUAUUCGACGUGUCGACCGGCUGCUGCGUCGCUGGCUGCCCGGCUACAAUUAUCUACGCGGCGGCAGCGGCAGUGGCAGCGCGGAACUGAGCUCGGGCACAGGCGGCAAUGCGCCCGAACAUGUGAGCUGCGUGGAUGCGUCCAACGCGGCAGAGUUGCAGUGGAUCAACGAGCAGCAGCAGCAGGAACUGUCGGAGGUGCGGGUGCAGGGCAGCAGCUCGACCAUGACUGGCCAUCGCAACAAAUGGCUGACGAAUGAGUACCUGAGCGGCGGCAUCACGCGCGCCGAGUUCAGCGCCCAUCUGGAGCAUAUCCUGCAGAAGCGAAUGCACAAGGACAACAAGAAGCAAGUGCUGCCACGAGGGCAGCACCAGAACUAGCACCAACACCGAUACCGAAACCGAUACCGAUCUCAAUGCCAGUGCCAAUGAUUACUUUGCAGUUGCCGCACUUUCGGCCCGCUUUAAUUGUGGCAAACAAUUUAGAGAGAGAGUUCAUUAAAUUUAAGUAGAGAGCACCA